AUGAACACCGACAUCACCGCGUCAGUGAAGCCGGAGUACCCGGUGGUGGAUCGGAACCCGGCCUUCACCAAGGUCGUCGGCAACUUCUCCGCGCUCGACUACAUGCGCCUCUCCACCAUCUCCGCCGUCUCCGUCACCGUCGGCUACCUCUCCGGGAUCAAGCCGGGGAUCCGCGGGCCGUCGAUGGUGACGGGGGGCCUCAUCGGGGUCCUGGGAGGGUUCAUGUACGCCUACCAAAACUCCGCCGGACGCCUCAUGGGGUUCUUCCCCAACGAAUCCGAGGUCGCGCGCUACAAGUACAAGCUGUAG